AUGGGAGUGUUUGGGGGUCGGGGAGUGGGAUUCGGAUUUGGUGCUGGAUGUGGCUUUGGCGUUGGUUGGGGGUUUGGAGGCGCACCAAUAAACUCGCUGGGCAUUGGAAUUGGCGGUGGCUGUGGCGUGGGUUUGGGCAUGGGGUGGGGCUUUGGCUUUGCGUAUGGGGCGAGGUACAUUGAGUCGCGCCCGCGCUUCCAGGGGGUGGACUUUGCGCGGUUGAGGGACGUGGUGCACCCCAAGCUGCACACUGCAGGGCAGGGGCAGGCUGGGGAGGAUGGUGGACGAGACGACUGA